AUGGCGCCUGCAAAGCCGAACAAAGUGUCACGGAUCACAGUGGCUUGUAAUUCCUGCCGGUUCCGGAAACAGAAGUGCAGCGGGAAUAAGCCAAUUUGCACUCAAUGCGACCAGCACAAUCGGUCGUGCGACUGGCCCGAACAGUUGAAACGUGGGCCGGCAAAAGGUUACAUAGAAGCCUUGGAACACCGUCUUCAUGAAACAGAGAGUCUUCUUCUGAAUCUUCUCGCCCAGAUCCCGGACUCUCAGCUCUCUGCCAGUGUCCAAGGACGCCAAGAUCGUUCAAGCAGGCAUCGAAACAGCGGCAGUCCGCCUCAAACGUACUCGUCAUCUUCCCGCCUCGGAAAGCGAGGCACUGACUAUUGGAAGAAGUUUCCUCUACACACAGUACAGGAAAUCCGGGACUGGCAGAAUGACUGUUUGAGCAAUGAAGGAGAUGGUUCGUCACGGCACUCUUCGGGACCUGAAGCCGUUGAGCGUCCUUCUGUCUCACACCCUGAAUACCAACCGGAGACUGGAUCUCCAAAAGACCAGAUGCCCGAAUUCCAAGGAUAUCGCGAAAUGCCUACGCUACCACGGAUACACCAGAUUGAUAUACCCAAUAGUCCGAUCGAUGCCGGUUUAUCGUCGGCUAAAGUUCUAUAUAGCAGCGCAUUAGAUGGCGAGGCCAGGGAGAAUCGUCCACGAAUGGAUCCUGUUUUCGAAGCGAUACAGUAUCAACGCGCUCGAGCGGAAGCGGUCCAUGAAUUUCCUAGUUUGCAGAAACCGAGUCUGUGGAGGGGUGCACCUCCUGUGAGCUUUCAACAGCAAUUUCUUUGGUAG